AUGACCAUGUCCAUGAACGGAAGAAAAUUUGUGCAAAAUUUUACCUAUAACCUUGAGCGUGACUUCGCUUCUCCCGCUGGAGAACCUGCCGCCUGGGCUCCAGGCCAUCCGAAGCGAUGGGGACAAGAGAGAGCAAAGAUUGGGCUGGGUGGAAUAGCAUCCACACCCACUCUGAGUCCCGAUGAUAAACUUGUGGCAGUGGGGGUCAAUGAAAAAAUACUCGUCUUCGAUGUUGCUACGCAGGCGUCUCUCGAAGUAUUGACCGAUGAAAAGCGGGUUGAGAGUGUCCAGUUUGCACCAGGUGUGGUCGACAGCCGCGAUGGCAAACAUGCCCGGUAUUUGCUGGCGUCACAAGGCGGCAGUGAUGAGAACCCACAGGUGAUCAUAUGGGAGCUGGACGAGAAGGGGAAACUCGUCACCACGACAGAGCCCCGACUCGUCUUCGAGGGCGAGCUCGGCUCUUUCAGUCCGGACGGCAAGACGCUGGUCUUUUUCAGCCAGAACGAGACAACUCAAGAGGAAAGCCGCGAAGCUGCAGCUCUUCCCUGUAUCAAUCUGUGGAAUAUCGAAACCCAAUCCUUUCGACACCACCUGCUGGGCCACACGGACCGGAUCAUGUGGGCUGCCAUGAGCCCCGAUAACAAGCUGGUCGCAUCCGUCGCAUGGGAUGGCAUAGCCCGGGUCUGGGAUGCCUGGUCCGGGUCCUGUCUUCACGUCUUGGGGCCGAUGGGCGGCCAGCUCUGGAGCGGAGCCUUCUCUCCGGAUCAAGAAUUUCUCGCCUUCAGCCAGGGAGAUCCCCGGACCUAUAUCCACGUCUACGAUAUCGCUACGGGGAAGCAGGUAUCUCGCUUUGAUAAAUUGCACAUGGCGACCCGUUCUCUGUCCUGGAGGCACGACGGGACCAUGCUCGCCUGCGGGGCUGAUGACGGGACACUUUGUAUCUGGGAUCCAUACACUGGAGAGGAGCGGAUGCGAUGGUGUCUCGCAUUCGAUGACUUCCUUAUGUGUCGCUUUGCUAACACUCGAGCUGUGCAGUUUGUGGAUGGUGGCAAGAAGUUGGUGUUUCAGAUCCGAGAGGGAACCGUGGAAGUGUAUGAUUUUGAGAGAAAUCUCAAGCAGCAGUUUACAAGAGGAGUGGACGACAAGAUAGACAGAUGUCCUGUCUCGGAGAUGGUCUGCUCAAGGGAUUCCAAAUUUGUUGUGGUCCCGGAUAUGGAUGGAUCCUUGAGAGUUUGGGAUCUCUAG